AGAGAAGUCCGUACCGAAUGACGCAUCUUUUACCGGUGACAGAUAUCUUCUCUUGACGUUGCGGAGUCAUAGGUAUUGAUAGAGCGUAUUCUAUAAAUCUCUAAACAUCGGCCCGGCUUCUAGAACGUAAAAUCAGUUACGAAAUCCCUUACAUCCAUACCCAGCAACCACUUUCCCGGGUCUUAACCGCACAUCUCGUGGGAUACACGCACAUCCAUACCUUCAUAAAUACAUACCCAGCACCUACCUACCAACCUACAACCACCCAAAAUGCGCCUCCCAUACACCCCCAACCCCCCCGUCCCCUCCUCCGAAGCAGACGCCGGAAUCAUCUCCCGCAUCGCAGCGCGGCGCGCCCCGCGGCCCCUGCAACCCCUCGACCUAGCCCUGCUACACGCUCCCCCCGUCGCAGACGGGUGGAACUCGUUCCUAGGCGCCAUACGCGAGCGCACGAGCUUAGACGCGCGGGUGCGUGAAAUCGCGAUAUGCAGGGUUGCGGUUGUCAAUGGGGCAUGGUAUGAAUGGGGACACCACGCGCCGCUGGCGAGACAGGCUGGGGUUGGGGAGGCGGGGAUGAGGGUUGUGGGGAGGGAGGUUUUGGUUCCGGAGGGAGAGGGGGAGGGGGAGAAGGUGAAAAAGGAGGCGUUGGAGGCGGGGUUGGGGGAGAGGGAGUGGGCGGUUUUGAGGUAUGCUGAUGAGAUGACGCGGGCUGUUAAGGUGUCGGAUGAGGUGUUUGAGCUGGUUAGGGGGGUGUUUAGUGAGAGGGAGGUUGUGGAGGUUACGGCUACGGUCGCGGCGUAUAACUGCGUUAGCAGAUUUCUUGUUGCUCUGGACGUCGGCGAGAAAAAUGGCACUGGGCCUGAUGACGUUUCUGGACAUUGAUAAGCAGUAACAAAAAUUCAAACAUCGCCAAACUGUGCAUGGUGGUUGAUUUGAUGGUACUCAUCUCGGGGCUCACAAAUACUUGACAUCAACCACGGAUCAUGUCAAAUAUAAAUAGAGUCACCAUAUCCAUCGCACGAAAAUCAUAGUAUCAAUCUAAACAGUAAUUCAAGUCUAGCUAAAGCUAGAUACACCGACAUUCUAGGUCGAUCCCGUUCCCAUAAAACCAGACUCAUUACAUCAUCCUGUCAUCCGUCCGUCCGUCCGCCCAGCCGAGUCCAUGCCCCUACACUAGAUCCGAUACAU